AAUCAAUACAAAUUUAGUACCAAGUAAACAGAACACUACUUACUCGGAAAUGAAGAAACAACAACAACAACAACAACAACAACAACAACAACAACAACAACAACAACAACAACAACAACAACAACAACAACAAAACAGAAUACACAAGGCAAUAAUGGUUUCACGCCUAACAAAUGGAAGUGACAAAUUAUCUAUCGGUCGUCAAAAUAAAAAAAAAAAAAUGGAUAGGAAAAUAAGAACAGAUAGAUGGAGAAAAAAGAAUCAGAGACAACAUCAAUCAAAAUUCGAUCAGUCAACUAAUAGAGGCAAAACAACUGAACUGGUUUGCCCACGUACAAAGAAUGACACCAAAAAGGUAGCGGAAUCAAAAAGGUAUGGAAAGAGAAAAUGAGAGAGAUCAAGAAAAAACCUAGAAGUUAGAAUAAACGUAACAGCGCAAAAAGUGGAAAAAUAGUACAAGAAUUGAACAAAAAUAAAUAAAAUAGAAAAAAUGUGUUAACAAUUCAAACUCCCGAUCGCUGUAAUGGCAUAAGAUAGAGACGGCC